AUGAUUGAGAAACCACCUAUUCGAAUCGGAAAUGUCUCCGGUGCAACAGGCGACCAUCCACACGCCAUGGCGCGCAUGGUGCGUUCCGGGAACGUCCAGGUGAUCACCGGCGAUUGGCUUUCAGAGAUGAACAUCGCCUGGAACGCAAUUACCAAACGCGAUGUCGACCCCAAUCUUGGAUAUGAGAAUGGCUUCUACGACCAGUUGGAAGAGUGCAUCGAUGACAUACUAGCAAAGGACGUCAGAGUUGUGACCAAUGCCGGUGCGCUGAAUACAACAGCGCUCUUCGAGAAGAUCAAGGCGCUGUGCACACGAAAAGGGUACCCCGAGAAUAUCGUCGCGGCGAUCUUGGGUGACGAUGUCUCCGAUUUACCUGGACACGCAAGGGGCAAAGACUUGACGUUCCCGCAUCUCGACCACCCAGAGAUCACUCUCAAUGACUGGGGCUUCAAGCCCUUUUGCGGCAAUGCAUACAUCGGUUGUUGGGGAAUUGUCGAGGCUUUGAAGGCCGGCGCACGCAUCGUCAUAGCUGGCAGAUGUACAGACGCGUCCCCCGUCAUGGGUGCUGCCGCCUGGUACUAUGGCUGGAAACAAAACCAAUACCAGGAGCUUGCCGGCGCGUUACUUGCAGCCCAUCUGAUAGAAUGCGGUCCAUACGUCGUCGGCGCAAACUUUUCAGGAUUCAAGGACUUUCUGCCUGACUUGGUGGAUCUCGCAUUUCCCAUCGCUGAAAUCAGUCGAGAUGGUGAGUGUGUCAUUAGCAAGACCGCAGAAGGGGGUGGGCAUAUCACGCGCCACACCGUCACAGCACAAUUACUCUACGAGCUGCAAGGCCACCUAUAUCUCAACCCGGAUGUUGUUGGAGAUUUGUCACAAGUUCGCGUUGAGGAGCAGAAUGGCUUCGACGAAGAGCGUGUGCGAGUCUGGGGCGUCAAAGGUCUCCCUCCUCCACCGACAACGAAGGUCAUGUUCGCUGCGGAAGGCGGAUACCAAGCUGAGGCGACGUUCUAUAUUAACGGUCUGGACGUAGAUGAGAAGGUUACGAUGAUGAAGAACCAACUAACGUACAUGUUCAAGGAUAGCAACUUCAGCAGGCUAAGUAUGGAGCAGUAUGGUACACAAGUGCAAAAUCCAAGCUCUCAGCAGGCGGGAACGGUGCAACUCCGGGUAUUUGCGCAGGCGCGAAGGAAAGAAGACAUAGCCGCUAUGAGGUUCAAGAUUCCUAUAUACGCUGUGAGAAUGCAGAGUUACCCAGGAUACCAUAUGUCGCUAGACUUCCGGACCAUGGACCCGAAGCCGUUCAUGGAGAUGUUCCCUGCACUUAUACCUCAAUCGGCCAUCGACCACCGCGUUUUGCUAGGCACGGGAGAACUGAUAGCCAUUCAACCGCCGCAAGAAACGGCCACAUACAAAGUGGUUCGCCCAUCCGCAGAUACUGCAGAACCGAUAGAUAUACUUUCAUUGGGGCCGACAGAUUUCGCUCCUUUGGGAAGCAUCGUUCAUGCUCGUUCCGGCGACAAGGCCGACAACUCGAAUGUUGGCUUCUUUGUCCGACAUGACGACGAAUACCCGUGGCUUCGAACUUUGAUGAGCGUCUCGCGGUUGAAGCAGCUGUUAGGCGACGACUGGUUCAAAAACAAUCCGAUCAGAAGAGUGGAACGUGUAGAGUUUCCCGGUCUCAACGCCGUCCACUUGUCGCAUUCUUGA